AUGGUAAUACGCAGCGCUGCAGUGCGGCAUGGCCGCCGCCAAUUGGCCGCCCCUGUUACCCGCUCCGUCCUCAUGCGCCAUCUCACGACAACUCCGACCGAGACGACAACGACGACACACGCAUGGCCCUCUGCCCAGCCGGAGCAGUCCUCGCCCCCGAAGCUCUUCUCGGCGUCCAAGAAGAAGCAGCGGCGCGACAACGCCUCCAUCAGCCUGACUACUAACACGGGCCACGAGCACCGCGUUGCGGCGUGGACGCGGGCGCACGCGGUCGGCGGCGGCCGCGAGCUCACCCCCAAGGAGCAGUACGCCGAGUUUGAGCGGGUGCAGCGGUCGACGCGGUCGACGGGCACGCGGCUCGAGCGCCGCUACGUGCCCGCGGAGCUGAUCGCGAACCCGCCGGCGCCCGAGGACGUCUCGCUCGAGCUGCUCAUGGCCUCGCAGACGCACAUGGGUCACAACACGUCGCUCUGGAACCCGGCUAACGCCCGCUACAUCUAUGGCGCGCGCCAGGGCAUCCACAUCAUCUCGCUCGAGGCCACGGCCGCGCACUUGCGCCGCGCGGCUCGCGUCGUCGAGGACGUGGCGUACCGCGGCGGUCUGGUCCUCUUCGUCGGCAACCGGCCGGGCCAGAUGGAGAUUGUGACGCGCGCGGCCGAGCUGGCCGGCGCGUGCCACCUGUACACGAAGUGGAUUCCGGGCAGCAUCACGAACCGCGACGUGAUCCUCAAGAACAAGGGAGUCAAGGUCGUCGACGGCAAGGACGGGGAGCUGGAGGGGUUCGACAUCUACAAGAACAGCGCGCGCCCUCUGGUGCCAGACCUGGUCGUCUGCUUGAACCCCAUGGAAAAUUAUACGCUGCUGUACGAAUGCGGCCUGGCCAACGUGCCUACCAUUGGCGUCAUUGAUACCAAUGCGAACCCGACAUGGGUAUCAUAUACGAUCCCCGCCAACGACGACAGUCUACGCUCUACUGCCGUCAUCGGUGGCGUCCUGGGCCGCGCCGGCCAGCGUGGCCAGCAGCGUCGUCUCGCCGAGGCCAAGAACGGCAACGUGACGUGGCAGACGCCGCCGUCACUGGCGAGCCAGAUCCGCAAGGACAUCAAGGCGGCCGUGCAGCAGCGCAAGGAGGUCAUGGGCCGCAUGCAGGCCAACCUGGUGGGCUUCACCGAGGAGGAGCUGGAGAUACUGAAGACCGAGCACGACGGCGCCGCCAGGUCGGUCAGCGAGGCGGACAUGGUCAACAUGAUGGCAGAGGCGUCCUUGCAAGAGUCUGCCGUGGAGAUUGAGGCGUCUGCUGCGGACCUGGCGGCCAAGGCCGGCGAGAUCGCGGCCGGUUUGGACGCAGUCAAGGGCCACGCCGCGGCGCUUGAGGCGGAGAUUGCAGAGAUUCGCAAGUAG